GCCGACCGGCACUCACCAGCCCGAGAGGCUUGUCUGCUCACCCGCCAGGGCGGGUCGGGGCUGGGAGCUGAGGCUCGGGCUUUGGAGGUCAGACCCCAGGGAGAGGACUGGGGUUGGCUGCAUGAACAUAGCCUGAAGGGGUCUAAGUGCACCACAGCUAGCCGGGAGGGAGUCUGGGAAAAAGUCUGGACUUGUCUAAGAGGCAAGAGACCAUUGUUUCGAGGGGCCUGAAGAGAGGAGAUUCAGAGCACCGCCUAAACAAGCUCCAGAGACAGGCGCGAGGCGCGGCUAUCACCGAGAACCCCAGAGACGGGCAUGAGACACUAAGGCUGCUGCUGCAGCCACCAAGAAGCCUGUGUGCGAGCACAGGUCACUGUCCACACCUCCCCUCCCAGGAACCUGUGCAGCCCGCACUGCCAGGGUCCGGUGAUCCAGGGACAACUUCCCCAGGAGAACACACAGCGCGCCUCAGGCUGGUGCAAUGUCAUGGUAGCCUCUGCAGCCGCAGGCUCACCCCGCAUCCGUACCCCUCCCUCCCCCCGGCCUGAGUGAGCCAGAGCCCCAUAAUCAGCUGCUUCUUUAACCCCAUCUUGUCUGGGCAGGAACAGAUGCCCUCAGGCAACCUGCAUGCAGAGACGGGGCCAAAUCCAAAGCUGAGCCCCUGUGAGCUGUGAGAACAAAGAAGAGAAAGGGAAAUCUCUCCCAGCAGCCUCAGGAGCGUCAGAUUAAAUCUCCACAAUCAACUUGACGUACCCUGCAUCUCUGGAAUACCUGAAUAGACAACGAAUCAUCCCAAAACUGAGGCAGUGGUCUUUGGGAACAACUGUAGACUUGGGGUUUGCUUUCUGCGUCAAAUUUGAAUCUAGUUUUAUGUUUAUCUUAGUUUAGUAUUUAGAGCUUAUUAUCAUUGGUAGAUUUGUUUCUUGAUUUGGUUGCUCUCUUCCUUUUUAUUUAUAUUUUAUUUCUCCUUUUUCUCUUUUUGUGAGUGUGUAUGUGUAUGCUUCUUUCUGUGAUUUUGUCUGUAUAGGUUUGCUUUUACCAUUUGUACUAGGGCUCUAUCUGACCUUUUUUUUUUUAGUGUACUUUUUAGCACUUGUUAUCACUCAUGGAUUUGUUUAUUGGUUUGGUUACUCUUUUCCUUUUUAUUUUUUUGCAUUACUAUUUAAUAUUUUCAUUUUAAUAAUUUUUUAUGUAUUUUUUUAUGUAUUUUUUUUCAUUUCUCCCUUUCUUCUGAGCUGUGUGGCUGACAGGGUCUUGAUGCUCCAGCCGGGUGUCAGGCCUGAGCCUCUGAGGUGGGAGAGCCGAGAUCAGGACAUUGGUCCACCAGGGACCUCACGGCCUCUCGUAAUAUCAAUCGAUUCUGUGGCGACAGCAUCCGGACCACUACUAGUUGAAGUUGCCAAAACUCCUGGUGCCAGCCUUGGUGUGGCCCUGACUACCUCGAUGUGCUGUAACAAACAGGUCAUUGUCAUAGACAAAAUCAAAUCUGCAAGUAUCGCAGACAGAUGUGGUGCUCUGCAUGUGGGCGAUCACAUCCUGUCCAUCGACGGGACCAGCAUGGAGUACUGUACGCUCGCAGAAGCAACCCAGUUCCUGGCCAACGCCACCGACCAGGUCAAGCUUGAGAUUCUUCCCCAUCAUCAGACCCGCCUGGCCCUGAAGGGACCUGACCAUGUGAAAAUUCAGAGGAGCGACAGGCAACCUCCCUGGGAUUCCUGGGCCAGCGACCACUGCAGUCUUCACACCUACCAUCACUAUAAUACGUACCACCCAGACCAUUGCAGAGCGCCAGCCCUGACAUUCACGAAAGCACCUCCUCCAAACAGCCCUCCAGCUUUGUCUUCAUCCUUCUCUCCUACCUCCACGAGUGCAUACAGCCUGAGUUCCCUGAACAUGGGCACUUUGCCUCGAAGCCUCUACUCCACUAGCCCACGUGGAACCAUGAUGAGGAGGAGGUUGAAAAAGAAAGACUUCAAAAGCUCACUGUCAUUAGCCUCCAGUACGGUGGGCUUGGCUGGGCAGGUUGUUCACACAGAAACCACAGAGGUUGUGCUCACAGCAGAUCCUGUCACAGGAUUUGGGAUUCAACUGCAGGGCAGUGUGUUUGCCACAGAGACCCUCUCCUCUCCACCUCUGAUUUCCUAUAUUGAAGCUGACAGCCCGGCAGAGAGAUGUGGGGUGCUACAGAUUGGAGACAGAGUGCUGGCCAUUAAUGGAAUUCCAACUGAAGACAGCACCUUCGAGGAAGCCAGCCAGCUCCUCCGAGACUCUUCAAUCACAAGCAAGGUCACACUGGAAAUUGAGUUCGAUGUUGCAGAGUCUGUCAUCCCGAGUAGUGGAACAUUUCAUGUAAAACUCCCUAAGAAACACAGUGUGGAACUUGGAAUAACCAUAAGUUCACCAUCCAGUAGAAAACCAGGAGACCCCCUGGUCAUAUCAGAUAUCAAGAAAGGCAGUGUGGCACACAGAACGGGAACCCUGGAACUUGGGGAUAAAUUACUUGCCAUAGAUAACAUCAGGCUGGACAACUGUUCCAUGGAAGAUGCAGUUCAGAUCCUUCAGCAGUGUGAAGACUUGGUGAAGCUGAAAAUCCGCAAAGAUGAAGAUAAUUCAGAUGAGCAAGAAAGUUCCGGAGCAAUUAUUUACACCGUGGAGCUGAAGCGCUACGGGGGGCCCCUUGGCAUCACGAUUUCAGGAACUGAAGAGCCUUUUGAUCCUAUUAUCAUUUCAAGCCUCACGAAAGGAGGGUUAGCUGAAAGAACUGGCGCGAUCCACAUAGGAGACCGAAUCCUAGCCAUCAAUAGCAGCAGCUUGAAAGGGAAGCCUCUGAGUGAAGCCAUCCAUUUGUUACAGAUGGCAGGAGAGACUGUCACCUUGAAAAUUAAGAAGCAGACAGAUGCCCAGUCAGCAUCAAGUCCCAAGAAGUUCCCCAUUGCCAGCCACCUGAGUGACCUGGGAGAUGUGGAGGACCCGUCUCCAGCACAGAAGCCAGGCAAACUCACCGAUACGUACCCCUCCACUGUGCCCAGCGUGGACAGUGCCGUGGACUCGUGGGAUGGUUCAGGAAUAGAAGGCAGCUACGGGAAUCAAGGCACUGGCUUUCAGGCCUCAGGCUACAACUUCAACACCUAUGACUGGAGGAGUCCCAAACAGAGAGGCAGUUUGUCCCCAGUCACUAAGCCUCGAAGCCAGACUUACCCAGAUGUGGGGCUGAGUAACGAGGACUGGGACCAGUCCACAGUCAGUGGUUUUACAGGGGCUCCGGACAGUGCAGAGGCUGAACAAGAGGAGAACUUCUGGUCCCAAGCGCUAGAGGAUUUGGAAACCUGUGGACAAUCAGGAAUUCUCAGAGAACUCGAGGAGAAAGCUGACAGGCGUGUGUCUUUGAGAAACAUGAAUCUCUUGGCAACAAUCAUGUCGGGGAGCACGAUGAGUUUGAAUCACGAGGCCCCUACACCUCGCAGUCAGCUGGGGCGACAGGCCAGCUUCCAGGAACGGAGCAGUUCGCGGCCACACUAUAGCCAGACCACUCGGAGCAACACUCUGCCCUCGGACGUGAGCAGGAAGUCUGUCACCCUGAGAAAAAUGAAGCAGGAAAUGAAGGAGAUCAUGUCCCCGACUCCUGUGGAGCUGCACAAGGUGACCUUGUACAAGGGCUCUGACAUGGAGGACUUUGGGUUCAGUGUAGCAGAUGGCUUGCUGGAGAAAGGAGUAUAUGUCAAAAAUAUUCGCCCAGCUGGGCCAGGAGAUCUUGGUGGCCUAAAGCCCUACGAUAGGCUCUUACAGGUUAAUCAUGUCCGAACGAGAGACUUUGACUGCUGCCUUGUGGUGCCCCUCAUAGCAGAAUCUGGUAAUAAGCUGGACCUGGUUAUUAGUAGAAACCCCCUGGCUUCACAGAAGUCCAUAGAGCAGACUCUACCAGGAGGAGAAUGGAGUGAACAGAACAGUGCUUUUUUCCAGCAGUCGAGCCACGGUGGUAAUUUGGAGAUACGAGAGCCCACUAAUACAUUAUAGCGAUGCUUUCUACAAAGCAGGACAAAAGACAAUAUCUACAUGGUGCUAAAAAAAAAAAAAAAUCCCUUUAAGAUUUCUGUGACAUUUGAAGCACAGAUAAUCAUGUGGCAUUAACUGCAAGCACAGGGGUCUUUUAAAUCUCAUGGCUCACGUUCACUUACCCUUUCAAAUUGAAGAGGUUUCUUUGUUGGUGAUCACUAUGGUAUAUGACAGGCAACCCCCUGCCAAGACCAAGGGUAGCGAAAAAGAAAAACAAGUAGGCCACCCCUCUCUACAGUUAACAUCAGAGGAAAUUUUUUACAGGUCCAUCUUCCCAUUCCUUUUUAAAAAGAGAAAUAUCUGUUUGAAAAUGUUCUCUAUGAUAAUUUCCUUAAUUCACUUUGAAAUCAGUUUCUUACCACAAAGUCAUUCAUGCAAGAAUUUAACCAACAAGGCUUUUCAUAAAGCUGGCUGUACUAGGAGAGCUAGUUUGGUGAACUGCUGGGAGUGCUGCUAUGGGAGGGGUACAGGUAUAAAAUCAUCUUACAACGUUUCAGCAAUGAUGCACGUAGGCAACCAUAAUAGGUGGUGGUAAAUGUUUUUGCCCAAGUUUAGGAAUGAUUUUAACUAAGAUGUAUGCUAUUCCCUAUGCAACAGAUUAUCAAACAGGAUAUGUCUUGUGACCUGUUUUUUUUAAGGACACAUUGUUAAUAGCUGAAAAAUCUGAUAAUGAAUUAGGGUGUUUAGCAACACUGAGAAUUAGUUAUCUUAUUUUUAAAAUUCAAGACUAAGAAUUUGAGAAUGAAGAGUCUAUUAAAAUGAAGUUUAUCUUGAUUGAUAGGCAAAUCAAACUCAUACUGCUUGACAGACAUGUUUUGAAAACUGAUUAUAUUGAGGGGUGUACAGCACAUGUACUUAAAAAUGACACUGGACUGUCUUUUGUUCUGAGCCAUGCCACUUACUGAAAUUGUAAAUACAUUUUUUACAAAAUGCAUUGCCAAUUAUUACCAUCCCUCAAAGCAAUAAAUUGUGACAGUUGCUUUUAAUGUUCGUCAGCAACUGUUUUCAUCUG